UGAAUCAUCGAACAUGGCUGAAACUUAUGUUGGCGCUGUUUUAGAAGCGGUUUUGUCAAAGGUGAUUCCAAUCACUGCAGAACAGAUCAACCUUGCAUGGGGUUUACAGGAUGAGUUGACAAGACUUGGUGACUCACUAGAAAUGAUCAAAGCUUUCUUGCAAGAUGCGGAGGAAGGUCGAACGAAGAACAACUCGGUGAAGCUUUGGUUGCAGAGGCUAAAAGCAGUUGAUUACGAGGCUGAUGAUGUAUUGGAUGAGUUUUCCUAUGAAAUUCUCCAAAUAAAAAGUAGAGAAUCGGGAACACUUUGGGAGGAAAGUACUCAACUUCUUUUCUCCUUCCAAUUCAAUAGUAUUUCGUUUCAAUAUGACUAAUAAGUUAAGGACAUCCUUAAAUCUUUGGACGACCAUAACAAAUUGGUCAAUCAAUUGGUCUCCAGCAGAGUGCUGUGGAUCAUG